AUGGGCGUCAAAACGUUUACCCACAAUUCCCCCGCACACAGCCAGGAGAUGCUUGGGAAGCUGAACAUGCUGCGUAACGAUGGGCAUUUCUGCGACAUCACCAUCCGCGUCCAAGACAAAGUCUUCAGGGCGCACAAGGUGGUGCUGGCAGCCUGCAGUGACUUUUUCCGUUCCAAGCUGGUUGGUCAAGCAGAAGAGGACAGCAAAAGCGUACUGGACUUGCACCACGUAACUGUCACCGGCUUCAUGCCCCUUCUGGAAUAUGCAUACACAGCAACGUUGUCCAUUAACACAGAGAACAUUAUCGAUGUCUUGGCCGCAGCUAGCUAUAUGCAAAUGUUCAGUGUGGCUAGCACCUGUUCUGAGUUCAUGAAGUCAAGCAUUUUAUGGAACACUCCCAGUAACCAGCAAGAAAAGGUGCUAGAUACAGGACAGGAAAACAGUGCAAACUGCAACUUUACCUCUCGAGACGGCAGUCUUUCUCCGGUUUCCUCUGAAUGCAGCAUGGUAGAAAGAACCAUUCCCGUCUGCCGAGAGUCACGGCGGAAGCGCAAAAGCUACAUAGUCAUGUCGCCCGGAAGUCCGCUUAAGUGUAGCACUCAAACAAACUCCCCCCAGGUUCUGAAUCCUUCAGCUUCCUAUGCAGAGUCCAGAAGUCACCCUGUAGAUUCUUCCUUGGCUUUUCCUUGGACUUUCCCUUUCGGAAUUGACCGGAGGCUUCAGUCGGAGAAGGUGAAGCAAGUGGAAAAUUCUCGGACUCUAGAAGUGCCUGGCCCAGCAGAGGCGUCCAGAAGAAUUGCUGACUAUGUGACUUGUGAGAGCACAAAGGUCAGCUCACCUCUGGUGAUUGAAGAAGAUGUGCGUGUCAAAGUGGAAAGGCUAAGUGACGAGGAAGUUCACGAGGAAGUGUCACAGCCUGUCAGCGCGUCCCAAAGUUCACUGAGCGAUCAGCAGACGGUUCCUGGAAGCGAGCAAGUUCAGGAGGACCUUUUGAUCAGCCCGCAGUCAUCUUCCAUAGGUUCAAUAGAUGAAGGAGUCACUGAGGGAUUACCAACACUCCAAAGUACCUCUGGCGGUAAUGUUCAUGAUGAUGAUCGAUUGGAGACUGUCCAGUAUCCUUACCAGCUCUAUAUUACUCCUUCAACCAGUAGCAUAGAGAGACCCAGCCCAAAUGGUCCUGAUAGACCUUUUCAGUGCCCAACUUGUGGUGUUCGAUUCACUCGUAUUCAGAAUUUAAAACAGCACAUGCUCAUCCACUCAGGCAUUAAACCAUUUCAGUGUGACCGUUGUGGGAAAAAGUUCACCCGGGCUUAUUCGCUAAAGAUGCAUCGCCUGAAGCACGAAGGUAAACGCUGUUUCCGGUGCCAGAUAUGUAGUGCCACUUUCACUUCCUUCGGGGAAUAUAAACACCACAUGAGGGUUUCCCGGCACAUUAUCCGCAAGCCUCGGAUUUACGAGUGCAAAACUUGUGGCGCCAUGUUCACCAACUCUGGAAAUUUAAUCGUUCAUCUGAGGAGUCUGAACCAUGAAGCGUCAGAGCUAGCAAACUACUUCCAGAGCAGUGAUUUCCUAGUGCCGGACUACUUAAAUCAAGAACAAGAGGAGACCCUCGGCCAGUACGAGCUAGGAGAGCAUGGAUUUGAAAGCAGCUCCUCUGUCCAAAUGCCUGUCAUUUCGCAGGUCUCCUCAACUCAGAAUUGUGAAAGCACUUUCCCCUUGGGGCCUCUGGGUGGGUUGGCAGAGAAGGAGGAAGACAUGCCAGAGCAGCCAAAGACUAUCGUAAGUGCCGAGGCAAGCCGGGAUGAACCCCCGAAACCGGGGCUCUCGGCCAUUACUAUUGAGUAAGUCAGAGUCUGGUUUCAUUUUUUGUCUUUUUGGAAAGUGCCUGUGUUUGGUCUUGUACAUUUUAAUUUAAUUUUCAGAAUGGGGGGGGGAGGGGAGAAUGCACCCCCUUUAUUAUUUUGUAAGCUAUGCUGUUAAAACCAUGAACUGCAAGAGACAUUACACUAUUUUCACAACCCAGCAGCCGCUUCCGCGGAA